CCGCCGCCGCCCUGCCCCGCCGCCCGCUGGGAGUGCGUGGGCGGAUACCCGGCGGCCAGCACGCCGCUGCCGCUGCGGCGCUGCAGCAGCCUGCGCUACCACGGCAGUUACCACAGCCAGAACACGCUCUCCACCAACACACACUCCUACCGCAAAGAGAGCUGCGGUAGCCAGCAGCGGUUCCUGGGCGGCAGCACGGGCGCGCUCGGGGCCGGCGGCGGCGGCGGCGUAGCUGUGUACGACGACGAGGACUCGUGGUUCGGAGCGGUCGCGGCGUGCGAGCGCGACGCGUGCGGCGGCAGCCACCACCACCUAGCCCAGCAGCAGCAGCAGCAGCAGCAGCAGCAGGCGCGGCGCAGCUCGGGCCUGGCGUGCGGGUCUGCGGGCGCGCCGCCCCGGCAGCACUACUACCCCGAGGGCGGCUGGGGCUGGAUCGUGUGCGCCGCCGGCUUCCUGGCGCACCUGCUCUCCUGCGGACUGCAGCUCGCCUUCGGCCUGCUGCUGCUCUACACCGUGAGGCACCUCGGCGACAACGCCGUCAUCGACUCUGCGUGGCUGGGAGCGCUGAGCACUUCCUCGUGGCUGCUGGCAGCGCCCCUGGCGGUGUCUCUGUGCAGGCGCAAGUGGACGCGGCUGACCGCCAUGUUGGCCGGGCUCGUCAUGGCGCUGGCCUGUCUCUUCGCGUCCUUCGCCACGCAGCUGCACCAGCUGCUGCUCAGCUACGGCGUUCUGCUCGGAAUGUCUAGCGGCCUGGUGCGAGAGACGGCGUCGCUGACGUUGGGCCACUACUUCCGGCGGCGCCGCGAGUUCGUCGAGAUGGUAGUGCAGGCGGGCGCCGGCGUCGGCAUUGCGCUCUUCUCCGUGCUCUACCGGGAGGCCGUCGGGCAGUGGGGCUGGCGCCUCGGCCUGCAGGCCGUCACGGUGCUGCUGUGCGCCGCCUUCUUCCUCGGGGCGCUGUACCGCUCGGCGUCCAUGUACCACCCGCAGCGGCGCGCCAUCCUGCUGCUCAAGAGCCAGCGCAAGAAGGCGCGCCACAAGAAGCCGCCCCCGCCGCCGCCGUCGCCGCAGCAGCGCCGCCUCCAGCAGCAGCAGCAGCCGCGGCCGCCCUUCUUCGACGUCACGCCGCUGCGCAUCCGCGCGGUGCAGGUGCUCAUGCUCUCGUCCGCCGUCAGCGCGCUCGGAGUCUACACACCCGUCUUCUACCUGGCACUACAAGGGUACCAAGAAGGCCUCGACGACAGCGCGCUGGUGCUUCUGCAGACGUUCCUGGGCUUCGCCACGGCCCUGGGCUGCGUGGGCUUCGGGCUGAUGGUGGUGCGAGCCAGCGACCAGUGCCUCGUCUCCAGGCAGUACCUCUGCCAGGCCGCCAUGGCGGGCAUCGGCCUGUCGCUGCUGGCGCUGAGCACGGUGCAGGGCUACCACGGCUACGUGCUGGUGGUGUGGCUGUACGGUGUCUGCCUGGGCGGCUUCUUCUACUCGCUCAAGGUGUUCACCAUGCAGAGCGUGCGGUCGCGCUACUUCGCGCGGGCCUGGGGCUUCGUGCAGGGCGCCGAGGCGCUGCCCCUGCUGCUCGGUGUACCUAUAACAGGUUACAUCAACCAGAGCCACCCCAAGGCGGGCUACUACUUCUCGCUGCUGGCGACGCUGCUGGGGGCGGUUCUGCUCUUCCUGGUGGGCGGCGGCUCUGGAGGCGGCAACGGCGGCGCGGGCGCCUGCAGCGACUGGGAGGACGGCCCGCCCCCGCUGCCCCUGCCGCCUCCCGUCUCCGCCCCCGCCACCGUCUGCGGUCGACCUCGUCUGCACAAGAGCAUCUCCUUCGCGACGCCGCUCGACCUGCCCAUGACCGACGAGUACUGGCGGCCCGUGCGGCCGUGCCGGAGCGUCCCCGAGGGCUUGGGGCGCCACCAGCCAAUCACGGUCGUCGAGCAGAUCACCACCUCCGUGUGACGUUUCGCCCGCUGCUGAUACCAGUGUCUUUCUCAGGGGCGCAGAUCCCAAACAGCUGGUCCCCGACUUGCUGGGUCGUCACCAGCCCAUCACACGUGACGAGCAGAUCAUCACGUGGCUGAUAAAAGUGUCGCUCUUUUGGCCAUAGAGUUACGGUAUGUGUACCAAAGCAGUUGGUCCUCAACAUCCGAUGGCCACCGACCCCUUUCAGUGUAUGACCACCUCCGUGUGAUGUACCACACGUGACUGACGCCCUACUGCUGUAUCUCUAGGGGAGUUAAACAUGUCUACAUGGGACGCCAACCGGUUAGUCUUCAGAUUCUGUGUAUCUAUGCGAGCACCGUAGUUGUCUAGAAGAUCACCAUCGUAUGCACCACGCUCCUAAUGACUUCUCGUUAAAGGCACCACAGGUCUGAGCAGUGCAUACAUAACUGUAAAGAAGCGAUUACGCUGUGCUCUUGCUGCGAUGGUGCGUCUGCUGGGCGUGGAAAGGAAAAACAAAACUGUGCUUCUUCCUGUGUUCCCACGCACAGUGACAUCAGUUUUCUUAUAAUACAUGGAACAAUAUAAUAUUUUAAUUUUGUGAAAAAGUUUCUUCUACUCCUGGAUUAGGCACGUGUUUUGUAUGAGUAUGAGGCGAAUCUGUCCCAGACAGGACAGUCUUUUCACAUUAGCAUUUUGAUAUCCUUCUUGUUCGAAAUCUGUCCCAAAAUCGAAUGUCCUUCGCUUCUUAGCUAGGCACCUGCUACAUCGUGCUGCACAAUGAAAUGCAGUUCCUAGAAAAUGCCCACCUCGAAAACGUGUAAAGCCUCAGAAUAUCCUCAUGUUGUGUGCCAAUAAUUUCAACGAUAAAAGUUUUUUUAUACAAGCAUCUCUUUAUCUCGGGGUGGCGUCGCUACCUCGUUCAGUGAAGGUCACAGGUUCGAGUAGGGCUUCCAGAAGUGGCGUGGUCUUUAAAGGUGUCGUUAAUAUGUUCUCUUUACUUGAAAAUCAGAAUGUAUGACAAAGAAAACAGCUUGGAAGAAAAAAUAAAGGCUAGUGCGUAAACUAUGCGUUCCGAGAAUAUCUGACGUUUCCAAACAGCUGCUGAUCUCGCUGAAUAGGUGACUUGCUGAUGAAUUUUUAGUAGCUUUUUAGCAGAAACACGAGCGCAGUUCUUUAUAGCUCGAAAAAAAACAAUUUGAGUCUUAAAUUUACUAUCAAUUCUCCAUGCUCAUAUCAUUUUAGUAUUUUAUUUCCGUACGCAAGAUUCGGCGGCGGCAGUCAGUUUCAACAAAAGGAAGUUAGGCAUACGAUUGCACCAUGUCGUAAAUAUGUUUAAGUUUCUUCCACUAUUGUAGGUGAAUCGCACAGAGGAAACAAAGUUUAUCUCUUAAUACGUCUGCCACAGAUCGUACAUCAUUACAACGAGGGCCUCUCAUUGCAGUGGUCGAACGUCAGUCUUGAAUGUUUGAUCAGAAUUGUAUUUUAUUGAUUCAUGUUAUCAUCAAUGAUGUUCCGAAGGGCAAUAUGGUAUCUAGAAAUGCAGUCCGAGAAACAAAUACGCUUCAAUCUACAUGUAUGUAUCAGGAAGGUGAAAGGUAACAAGUCAGUAUCUUCUGAAGCACUUAAGCUCACUUUAAUUGAAACUUUUCACUUAGCAGCGAAUAACGUAUUACUUCAGCUUUCAUUCUUACCCUGCAUAAAUGUGUGAUUGUCCCUAUUACAAAAUUCGCUUACUAAUGUCAAAAGAGCCAUAAUAUUUCCAAACUGCAGACUUCCCAGAAGCAUCAGCUACACAGACUAUGUUGCUACGAACCAGUAUCGCUCGCAGCUCUUCCCUAUCAGCAUACCUUCCCUAUCUGAGUUGCUUUGCCUGUGUCUGAAUCUCCUUGUAUAUUUAGUCUUGUUCCUAAAACAAAGGAUGGGCCUUGCACUAUGGUGCCAGAUCUACUACAGUAUCCUACAGGCACAUUUCGUGCCCAGAGCACAUACAGUAUUAAUGACACACUGUGUGUCAUCUUCCAGCACGGCUCUGUUAACUGCAGGGUAGACGGAAGUGUACAUGGGUGUUCCGUCCCAGGAGAGAACGCGAAAAUUGUAAUUACUCAUUUGGAUCAAUGUAUUACAAGUAAUACGACUCUUUAGUCAGUGAUUUAUUUUAUGCAAACGGAUGUUAUUUCAGUGUAUGCAUCCAGAUCAAACCAUUUUGAAACUCCUCAGCACGUGUGCAAAUGCACAUCAACGGUUCAGUAUAAAAAACUGUGUCGCUAUGCUUACAUUUUCUCCACACAACUGUCAUUCUUAUCAGUAUCAGAAUAACAUUUGUAAGGAUUGAGUAAGUUAUUCCCUGAAAAUUACUUAACCUAAAAGGAAUACAACAGUGAAAGAUAGGAAGAAAAGCUACAAGCUACAUCCUAAAAACAUAGUAUCUCACAAUGUUGUUAAGAACUUACUAGAUUACCGCGUCUCGUCAAACUCGUUAUGCAUUAUACACAAUCAGACAAUUGAAGCUGUGAGGCGAGUUGCUAGUCGUUGCUAGCAAGGUCUGAUUAAUCUCACAGUUUUAAUCAUCGAGAAAAUUUCAGUGAAAUAAUACGAUCUACAAGAAAGCAACAUAAGAGGCUGAGUAAAUUGUGGAAGGAUAUAAUUAAAAUUUGCUGCGUCACCAUCAUGUCAUUUUGUUGCAUCUGUUGUUGGCCUAUGACUUUAGAAACGUAUUCCUCUGUGGGCCAACUAUUCUUUACAAUAAGCUUGUCUCCAUUUAUAAAACCAAUUUCUGUUUUUGAACGUUUCUAUUAAACAUAGAAUAUAACAGCAGUUCUUCUCAUUUGAAAGCAGGUAACUUACAAAUUUGCCUGUUUUUAUUAAGUAUGCUUGCGAAAAUUGUAGUUCUUCAAAUAAAUCCACGUAUUAUCCCUAUCCAUUGGCAUCAAUAACAUGAGUUGAAAACUUGAAAGAUAUCCUUCACUUAUAUAAUAUUUCAUCCACAGAUAACUCUCGUAAAGAACUGUAUUUUUAAACAAUUUUGGUGACCGUAGAAGUAUACAUCUGAGUAGCAAGUAGUAAUAAACUUAUAUAGUGUAAGACGUUAAUUACCAUACUUGUGUUCCGUAAUAGAGUCUGAAUUCCACACUCUUUCAUACUGUUACAGCUGAGUCAAGUAACAAACACCUUUCUUCGGAUUCAUUCUAAACUCAAAUUUACGUGCCUUCAGUGAGGGUAGCAAAUAAAUGGAAUCUUCACUAGAGAGACAUUGACACUUUAGAAGACCACACAAAUGGCACGGAUUACUAGCGGGAAAGAUAUGUGCAGAAUAAUUCUGUUGGCUGAUGGAUAUGCUCAACCGAGGUGGAGACUGAGGUGCGGCAUAUUCUCCACAGCAAAUAAUUUUUUUGGCGCUUAUGUGAAUAGCAGUGUAGUUACACAUUAUCCAUUAUCUUUGUUUCGUAAGUAAGUUAUUCUAUGUAGCUUCAAAUCCUACUUCACAUACAUCGUCUGAUGUUAGUUUACUUUUUGUUCAAUCCAUUAGUGCUGCGAGCAACUGUGAUCUUCUUCAGUUACGAUUCGCAUAAAGCACUCUAUAUCACCAAGAAUUAUCUGGGAUUCUAUCGACUCUUCCCACCUAAAGCUUCUAGACAUUCUCACGAACAUAGUAUUAAAACGUAAUCACAGACAUAAAUAUGUACCUAUUAUAAAAGUGAUAUAUUAACUGUGGGGUACGAACUCAUAUCUAGAGACACUAAUAAGUGAUUAAGAAAUAAAUCGCACAAUCAAAAGGGAUUGAUCUUAUAUUAAAAUAACGUUAUGCGUGAUUCUAUAAAUAUAAUAAUCAUGUUUUAUCUCCUUUGCAAGAAAGAUGAACUCACCUGUAUUUUAUAUUUUGAAAAGGAUGAAAAACAAUGGAUAAAAGAACAUUUGGUGAUUUAGUGACAUAACUGUUAAGGAAUUUGAAGUUAACUUAAAAAGGAACUUAAGACAUAAUUUUUAAAUAUUUGACAUGAUAAUAUUUAAUUAAAGUUGUUAAAAUAAUGAUUAUAUAACAUUUAAAUAUUGUAUAAAUUUUAUAUGGAGUUUAUACAGAAACGUCAGAAUUCAUUCAGAUUGGAUCCUGAUAAUAUAAUUUUAAAGUUUCUAGUAACCAAUCGACUUACAGUCUUGGAUGAGACAUAAAAUUGGGAGCGAAUACGACUUAAAGCUGCCUGCACGUGGGCAUUUAUUAUUGUGUAGCUAAUCUGUCGCUUAUCCAGUUUGUAACAAUGCCCCGACAUUUAGUGUAAAUGACAUCCUUCUCUCCAGAAACUAACCAUAAAGCUGUACCUAACAAUUUUUUAAAAGAUCUCGACGUUGUUUCUUUAAACUGCUCUCAUGGCCUAACAAUAGUAAUUGACGUACAGUUCGAAAGAAAUAAGGUCGAAUGUCGAAGCGUUCCUAUUGUCAAUGAAAUGUCAAUAUAAUAUGUGCUCAAAACAUUUCUUUUCUCAUAAUCGUUUUUCUUCCUUACAUUUAAGUCAAUGUUUGUUUGUAACGAUAAUGUUUAAAUUUCUAUCCGUCGUAUUGUUUAUUCGUGUGCGAUGUCUGUAGAUCUUAGUUACAACACUGUGUGUAUGUGUCUCAUAGUAGAUAUUCUCACUAACUCUCUCUGUUAACGAAAGUUCACACAUUUGUCAUUUACGUUUCUUCCACGAGCAAAUGUAUGAAAUGUUGUAAACUAUCUUGAAAUACAUAUCCCUACUAUUAUGUUUGGUAUAGUUUUCUUUUAACCCGUUUAUUAUAUAUAUCAUGAUGCAACUGUUCCGCAUUCAGGAACUUAGAGCUGAAGUCCUUUAAAGCGUGCAGAUACGCAUUAUGUGGUAGACCUUGCCUUCAGUUAAAUGUUACUUUAUCCUUGUGUGUGUAGUUGCUGCGCCUGAUAUUUUCCUCUAGUUGUUACGAUGUUUUUGAAACAAAAAAUAAAUCUGAA